ACGCUGACGCGGAAGAGAACAUCUGUCGGGAAGAUUUCAACUUUUUGCGCUCUAAGUUAUAAGCUAACUGCUAAAAUAUACAAUGAAAUACCAUAGUUAAUAGUUGCAAAAACGAGAAAUCACACGUUUAUCAGUUCAUUCACAGUAGAAAAAGAAGACGCCGCGGAAGACUAUAGAGUUAGACCAUAACAACACCUAUGGCCAGUAACAAUUUACAGAAAGCUAUAGAUCUUGCGAGCAAAGCUGCAGAGGAGGACAAAGCACAAAACUAUGAGGAGGCUCUCAGAUUAUAUCAGCAUUCAGUGCAGUACUUCCUUCAUGUGGUGAAGCAUGAAACUCAGGGAGAUCGAGCAAAGCAGAGCAUCAGGGCCAAGUGUAUGGAGUACCUGGACAGAGCGGAGCAGCUGAAGGAGUACCUGAGGAAGAAGGAGGCAGCUGCAGCCAAGCCUGUCAAAGAGGCAGAUGGCAAAGGGAGUGAAAGUGACGAAGGUGAUGAUCAAGAAAAGAAGAAGUUCCAAAAUCAACUCUCAGGUGCUAUCGUCAUGGAGAAGCCAAACAUUAAGUGGGAUGAUGUAGCUGGACUCGAAGGUGCUAAAGAAGCCUUAAAAGAGGCCGUCAUUUUGCCUAUUAAAUUCCCUCACCUCUUCACAGGAAAGCGAACUCCUUGGCGGGGCAUCCUGCUGUUUGGUCCUCCAGGAACGGGGAAGUCUUACCUGGCCAAGGCGGUCGCCACAGAGGCCAACAACUCCACCUUCUUCUCCAUCUCCUCCUCUGACCUGGUGUCCAAGUGGCUGGGCGAAAGUGAGAAGUUGGUGAAGAACCUGUUCAGUUUAGCGAGAAAGCACAAGCCCUCUAUCAUUUUCAUCGAUGAGAUCGACUCUCUCUGCGGCUCCAGGUCGGAGAAUGAGAGUGAAGCAGCCCGCAGGAUCAAGACAGAGUUUCUUGUCCAGAUGCAGGGUGUUGGAAAUGAUAAUGAGGGAAUCCUGGUCCUCGGAGCCACAAAUAUACCAUGGACAUUAGACUCAGCUAUUAGAAGAAGGUUUGAGAAGCGGAUCUACAUUCCCCUGCCUGAGGAGCACGCCCGCUCCUUCAUGUUCAAGCUGCAUCUGGGCUCCACCCCCAACGACCUCACAGAGUCCGACUUCGUGACUCUGGGCCAAAAGACGGACGGCUACUCGGGGGCUGACAUCAGCAUCAUCGUCAGGGAUGCCCUGAUGCAGCCUGUCAGGAAGGUUCAGUCAGCAACUCACUUCAAAAAGGUCCGUGGCUCAUCCUGGAACAAUCCCAACGUUGUGGUGGAAGACCUCCUGACUCCAUGUUCACCAGGUGAUCCCAAUGCUGUAGAGAUGACGUGGAUGGAAGUUCCUGGGGAGAAACUUCUGGAGCCGGUUGUUUGCAUGGCCGACAUGUUAAGAUCCCUGUCCAACACCAAGCCGACUGUGAAUGAGCAGGACUUGAAGAAGCUGGAGAAGUUUACAGAGGACUUUGGUCAGGAAGGCUAAUAAUACUCAAACUGUACUCACAAGUGUAUCACUCCUCCAUAUCCUUUUAUGCAUCCACUGAGGCUCACAGGUACUUCUCUGCUGCUUAUUCACAAGGAUUCAUGUUUCUUUAACUUUAGACUGAUAUUUUGUUUCCAACCCGAGUUAUAUCAGCUUGUUAUUUUAAGGAUAAAUGAAGCUCAUCAGAAUUACUUUUCUUAAAGUAUGUAGAUGGUAAUGGCUUCAGUGGAUAAAUACAUUUUCUAUGUAGUUUCAGAAAUUCUUUCCAGCACUUAAUACCUCUUCUUUUAGUCCUAGGGGAAUUGUAUUGCACUUAAAGCAUUUAUGUUAUGGUAUGGCUGUGGAAUUUUUGUGACAUGAUUUUCGCAGUGCAAAUUCAUCAUUGCUUUACAAAAAAAAAAGGUCAAAGAAAACUAGAGAAAAUCCCCACUAUCAGUGGUAGCAUUUUGGGUAUUAGUGUUUGCCUUUAAAGGAAAAAUCUCAGUCAGUUUUUCAAAAAAUUUCCCUUUCAGACACGUUGCUGUGAUGGCAGCUUGCUUUUGAAUCAAUCCACUGGUUCACCUGUUCUGCCAAGAUUUGUAUCCCUUAAAAAUGUGUUUCCCUCUCCAUGUUCCAGGAAAACACACACACAGCCAGGAUCUCUGUUCUCUGCGGGGAAAAUCAGUAGGUUGUUUGAAGUAGCUGUAAUGCCAUUAAAUCUCUUUAAUGUCUGCUUUUUUAUGUGUGUUUUAAAAGCAAGCAACAGGAAAACAGUCUGCUAAAAUGUAAAUAUUUUUUGAUGUCUUCUCUGGCAUGAAAUUAACUGAUGAGGAUAAAGACAUUUUUGAGGUGAUACAAACGCAGGCGUCUCCGGUCCAUCAGUUCCCGCUCUGAUUGCCACUCAGUGCAGUAAAAUAUUUAAAGAAGCGAGGCAGUUUGUUUGGUGCUGCUAUGGCAGAAAGGACAAAACUCCUCAUUUCAGAGUCGUGUACCUACAGCCUGGUGGCAGGAGUGGAAAACGUGGGCAGAGGGGUUGAUCGGGGUCAUUGACUAUUGUGAGUGCAAGGCGUGUGAUGGUUCUGUCGUUCAUGCCUGAGAUAUUGGGUGUGGGGGAGUGGAUGAUUUUGGAGGCAGCAUGUUGGAUCCUGUUGAGUUUGUCCUUGUUGGAGAUGGUCAGCAAUAUAUUUGCUCUUGCUUAAAAAUCCAUUAUUUAUUCCAGCUGAAUCUUAACUAAAACCAAACACACACAUUUUGCAGAUGACAGCACUGGUACAAUCUUAAUAGAACCCAAUAAACCUUCGCCAUUAGAUCAUAAGAAAUUUUUAAAAACUCAGAGUGUAACUAUCACAGAAAGUCAACACUGAUAUUUAGCAUGGAAGUAGAUCACUUAGUCCACUUCCAUAAGCCCUCCAUGGGGAUUGUUAUGGCUUUAUUUAAAGACUCUAACACACACUGCCUAUAAGGUCAGGUAUACUGUAUUAGAUUAUUCACAUAGUGUAAGCAGAUGAAAAAUGGUGAUGGAAAACGCUGGUUUACCAAUCAUUUUUAGGGAGAAAUUGAGAUUUGGAUAGCACUGUAUAAGAAGGCUUUGUACAUACUUUUCUAGAGCCUAAUUAAGUUUUUUUUUAUUAUU